AUAGAGUCGUUCGAAAUGAGACUCCAAAAUGCAUCUCUGUUGGUGCUAAUCUCGAACUGCUGGCUGCAUACGACGGCAAUCGCAUCUUCCCAUGAGGGGCUUGACAACGAGAACCUCGCGUCAGUCAGCACUGGCGAUUUAUUCCCAGAAACCGGCAGGUGGUUACAACAGGACACCCACCUGACAAGCACCCGCCACCAAAAGGAAAAGGAGCAGCUGCUCCUGCGCAUGGACAAAUCCCACGGCAACUGGGACACCAACCACCCGCGCGCCCGCCUCCUCGACGCGCUGGCCGCCUAUAGCCAGUUCGGCGAGCUGACCAAGGCCGAACUGAAGCGGUGGAGGGACCUCUACCGCAACGUGCCCCAGAAGCAAAAGAACAUACUGGAGAGCGCCGCGGGUUACAGUGCCAAGUUUGACACGGCCGAGGAGCUGGCCGACGCCGACGCCGAGCUGUGCAAGCGCAUCGUCGAGACGGCGCUCGAGUUUUACCAGCUCAAGCCCAGGGAGCUGCGGGACCACAUUGCUGCUCUCAAGAACGCCGGGAGGGCGCCGGAUCGCAUCAGCGUGUCGCAGGCCUUGAAGCACUUCGUCCGCGACUGGUCCUCCGAGGGACAGUCGGAGCGCGAUGAUGCGUUCCCCUGCAUCAAGUCUACGCUCCAGUCCCUUUUCCUCCCGGACCGGGAAACCGCCCCAGUGAAAUUGUUGUUUCCCGGCGCCGGGCUCGGCAGACUUGGGCACGAUGUAGCUGCACUUGGAAACUUUGAGGUAACCAGCAACGAAUGGUCCAUGUACAUGAACGUAGCCUACCGCUUCCUGGAAGCCCACAACAACCCGCACUCCUUCACAGCACACCCUUUCAUCGACAACUGGUCGCACCACGCCACCGCAGCCAACCAGUUCCGCGGCGUCUCGUCCCCCGACGUGCACCUAAACACCAGCGCCGUCCUCCUCGUCGAGGGCGACUUCACCACCGUCUUCUCCAGGCCCGAAAAGAAGGACAUGGCCGCGUACGACGCCGUCGUGACGCACUUCUUCAUCGACACGGCCCGGAACCUGAUGAGCUACCUCGACACCAUCUACGCCGUGCUCGAGCCCGGCGGCUACUGGAUCAACUUUGGCCCGCUGCUGUACGGCACCGGUCCGUGGGUGCAGCUGUCGCUGGAAGAGGUGGUGCGGGUCGUCAAGGCGAUGGGGUUCGAGUUUGUGCCGCUGCACGCGGCCGACGAGUGCGGCCCCGUCACGCUGGAUGGCGAGCUCGUCAGGGGAACGAGGGCCGUCUAUGGGUUCGACGAAAGGGCUCUGACGAGGAACGCCUACGCUGCGCAGGCGUGGGCUGUGCGCAAGAUUGCUCACUGA